AUGCUGUCUAGAAAGGCUAGUGAGGACUCUCACGGCCAAGACUCUUACUACUUUUUAGGGUGGCAAGAGUACGAGAAGAAUCCUUACCACCUCAUUCGAAACCCAACUGGAAUCAUUCAGAUGGGACUUGCAGAGAAUCAGCUUUCAUUUGACCUUCUUAAAUCAUGGCUUCGAAGAAAUCCUGAUAUAGUGGGGAUGAAGAAAGAUGGGCUAUCGUCGUUAGUACUUGAUCAUGAAGUCAUCAGCUAUGGUGAACUGGUGGAAUUUAUGUCGAAAAUAAGAGGAAAUGGAGUAAAAUUUGCUCCAGAGAAGCUCGUCCUAACAGCUGGUGCCACUCAUGCUAAUGAAAUUAUGAUGUUUUGCCUUGCUGAUCCAGGAGAGGCUUUCAUUCUGCCCACACCCUAUUAUCCUGGGUUUGAUAGAGAUCUGAAAUGGAGAACUGGGGUUGAGAUUGUCCCAAUGCAUUGCUCAAGUUCAAAUGGUUUCAGAAUCACUUCCUCUUCUUUAGAAGAAGCCUAUCAGAAAGCACAAAAAUUGAAUCUCAAAGUCAAAGGGGUCUUUGUAACUAACCCCUCGAAUCCACUAGGCAUAACCAUGACCAAAACGGAACUUUACCACCUAAUCGAUUUCGCAAUUGAGAAGAACAUUCACAUAAUCAGCGAUGAAAUCUACUCGGGCACGGUUUUCAACUCGCCUAAAUUCGUGAGCAUCAUGGAAGUUGCGAACGAGAGAACUAGUAACAUGAACAACGUUCGGAAUCGCAUUCACAUAGUAUAUAGUCUCUCCAAAGACCUUGGAGUACCAGGAUUUCGGGUGGGAAUGAUUUACUCAAACAACGAAAUGCUGGUGGGUGCUGCAACAAAAAUGUCAAGCUUUGGAUUGGUUUCCUCACAGACUCAAUAUUUGGUGGCCAACUUACUGAAGGACAAGAAGUUCACUUCCAAGUACAUUGAAGAGAAUCAAAGGAGACUUAAGAGGCGCAAGGAGAUGCUAAAGUCUGGCCUCAGAAACGCAGGGAUUCGGUGUUUGAAAAGCAAUGCAGGGUUGUUCUGUUGGGUGGACAUGAGACAUUUAUUAAGCUCUGCCACUUUUGAAGCAGAGAAGGAGCUUUGGAUGAUGAUUCUUUGCCAUGUUGGGUUGAACAUAUCUCCUGGCUCUUCUUGCCACUGCUAUGAACCUGGCUGGUUCAGGGUAUGCUUUGCCAACAUGUCCGAAGACACAUUAAAACUCGCCAUGCGCCGAAUGAAGGCUUUUAUAGACUCAACCGUCUCUGUUGUCAACCAGGGUAAAGGUUGUACUUAUGAGCAAUCUGUGAAUGCCAUAAGAGAAUUAAGAUCAUGGCAAAUGCAUGGAAUUAGACAAAUCAUUGGUGACCAUUCUGACAUAGGGGAUUGGCCACGUGGAGAAUCCGUUACUCACGCAUUUCGUGUGUUGGCGGUUUCCAACGAGGAGAGAUAG